AUGACUUCUGCGGAAUCGACAGCCGCGAUAGUAUCCGUGGACGAGGUCGCCGUCAUGAACGAUGCUGAGCUCGCCCAGUUCAUGCAGAAACAUCGCCUCCCCGGCGGCGAUUACGAUCUCCCUGUUGAUGGGUGGGACAAGCUGUCUAAGGGUGAGCGAAGCCGUCUUGCUGAGAGACUAGAAGCCCAAAAGCGAAGUCUAGCGCAGAAUCUCACGACAUGCUCUCGCUCACUUGAUCUCGAAGACCUCGAUGCACGCCUACGCCAAGUAUCACCCGACCAAAGUUUCUUACUACGACCUGAAACCCAAACUAUCGAUCGACCGAGGUCCUGCACACCACCGUUCGACCGGACGAGACGCGAAACCGAGGCUUACCACGAGCUUAUCAGUGACGGCGGCCGCCCUUUAUAUUCCAUCAGCCUUAUCCAGGAGGUAUAUAGGGAUCCAGACAGCUACGCUGAGAUAUUACGGCCCUGGCAGGAGCAUCUUGCCCCAGUGUCCCCUUCAGGCAUCUUCCAGAAACAGUUGCAGAGGUGGCGGGAUUUCCGUAAUUGGCAAAACGAUAAUCGAGGCCGUGAAGAUGAUGAUGGCGGUUUUUCGGCGUACGUCGAGCGGCGGAAAUACAUAAUCCAGCGGGACUACUUGCCCGAUUUUUGCGCGAAGCUUUUAGCCGAGAUCGAAGCGGAUACGUCAUGUCUGAAAUCGCAAUGGGAAGAUAUACAAUGGGAGCGUGAAAGGCAGCGACACCAUUGCAGAGAACGCGGCUGUAGGGGGUUCCGCGACUAUACCGAAGCGGUGAAGCGCCGGCUUGCGCGCCACGACUUCACGCUAUCAUUCGAGCUCGAUGAAGACCCCAAGAAACAGGACAAGCUCACGACAUGGAUCGAGUACCUCAACUACGAAUACUGGUGGCUCGACAAGUAUACCAGCGACAUUGAGCGCCUGGAGCCAGAGCACGGCAAGUUGUGGCAAGAGCUCGGAUGGAGCGCGAGACAGAAAAAUACCAAACCAUGA